AUGGCAGGCUACUACUGUCAAUGUCAUGAAGGCUUCAAGCCACCUGGCAACUUUACAGCAAACGAUUCAAUAACAUGCAAAGACAUCAAUGAAUGUUUGGAGAACAGCAUCGAUUGUGGUUCUAACGCGGAGUGUAAAAAUGCUGAUGGAAGUUAUACAUGUGUGUGUAAUCAGGGCUACACUCCCAGCACUGGAGCAGAGACGUUUAUUGUCAGACAAGGUGUUGAGUGUAUUGAUAGAAAUGAGUGUCUAGAUUCUGAUUUAUGUGGAAAACAUGCAUCAUGUCAUAAUACCCCUGGCGAUUACUAUUGUACAUGUGCUCCGGGCUUCAGACUAAAGUCAGGAGGAACUAACUUCACUGGUGACACUUCAGAGAGCUGUGAGAGUGUUUGUGACAUUGAUGCAUCUAUCUGUGGAGGAGGAUCCUGCAAAAUUGGCAAAGACGGCCAUGAAUGUGUGUGCAAGUCGGGAUUCACCAACUAUGGACACAAAGAAAUGAAAUGCACAGAACUGGUGUGUAAUAACCUUAUCAGAGAUUCAUCACAGGCACCUUCAGAGUUGACAGAAAUUCUCUCAUUAAUGACCAACAGCUGUUUGUUACUGAACGAAAGCACCUCUGUCCAAAAGAGUCAAGUGGAUGCUGAGGCUCUUUUAAAGGCAUUUCUGGAUGCUCUAGAUGAACUGCUCAGUGGCAGUUUCAAGGCUGGCAACCGUAAAGUUUCAGCAAUGUUUGGUAUAGUGGAGGAUAUGCUAAAACUGAUAGGACCUCAUCUUAAAAACAACCAAACCAGGAGAUCAGCCAACUGGACUGAGGUGGAGCUGUUGGUAAAGAGGGGUGUUUCUCCACCUGAGGGUCCUCUCAUGAUAUCCACAAACGGAACGCAGUUUAAUUCUCACUGGAAUACAGCAACAGGAAAAACAUACCUUGGUUUUUCAACGGCAGCUCUCUUAGGCUACAAAAGUCUUGAAAAAUCCCUCAACAGCUAUUUUGACCACCUAAAGGGAGAAAACAUAAGUUACAAGAUCAAUUCAAAAGUAGUAACUGUCACUGUUAGCAACACAGAGACAAAUAAGCUGGAGAAACCGAUAAACCUUACAUUCUCUCACUUGGAGCCCCUGAACGUGAGCCACAUCUGUGUAUUUUGGGAUCCUAAAUUGAACGACGGUGCAUGGUCCACCCAUGGCUGUACUAAAGUAAUCUCCAAUGAAGUUGAAACCGUCUGCUCCUGUGAUCAUCUCAGCAGCUUUGCUGUUCUGAUGGCUCUCUAUGACAUUGGGGAUAUAUAUGAGCUGCGUAUCAUCACAUAUGUUGGACUGUCAUUGUCUCUGAUCUGCCUCCUCAUCUGCAUCGCUACGUUUUAUCUGGUGCGCUCCAUCCAGAGCACACGUAACACCAUCCACCUGCACCUCUGCAUCACUCUCUUCAUAGCCUUCUUUAUCUUCCUUGUGGGUAUCACACGCACAGAGAACGAGGUGGGCUGUGCGAUUGUGGCUGGAACGCUGCAUUAUUUCUUUCUGGCUGCGUUCUGCUGGAUGUGUCUGGAGGGGGUGCAGCUCUUCCGUAUGGUGGUUUUGGUGUUCAACACGACCGUGAGACACAUCCAUCUGAUUGCUGCUGGUUAUGGAGUCCCCGCUGUUAUUGUUGUCGUUUCCGCAAUAGUGAAUUCAAAAGGAUACGGCACCGCACACCACUGUUGGCUCAACAUUGAAGAUGGGCUCAUCUGGAGCUUUUAUGGCCCUGUCUGUAUCAUUAUUAUAGUUAAUGUGUUCUUCUUCCUGAUAACUAUUUGGAAAUUGGCAGAGAAAUUUUCCUCUCUCAACCCAGACUUAAACAAUUUGCGCAAAAUCAGGACAUUUACCAUCACUGCCAUCGCUCAGCUGUGUGUCCUUGGCAUCAUGUGGGUGUUUGGCUGCUUUCAGUUUGAUCAAGGCACAUUGGCCAUGACAUAUAUCUUCACUAUACUGGGCAGCCUGCAGGGGGUGCUGAUGUUCAUCCUGCACUGCUGGCUCUCAAAACAAGUGAGAGAAGAGUAUGUCACAUUCCUGUCCAAUGUCUGUGCACCACACAAAAGGAAAUAUUCAGAAUUCAACUCCCAACAAACAAGCAAAAGCCAGACGUCCAAGAGCGUUCAGAACACAGGUGAAUCCAGCAUUUAAAAGCUUCAGUUUCAUUUUGCUUUGCUUUCUUUGGAAAUAUAUGUUUGAUACACAUUAUAAUGUAACGUUUUCUACGUCACAAUCUUAUUGAAAACAUUUUAUUUUAAUUUAUUUUCUAUUUAUGUGUAAUGUACAAUAUUUCUUGACAAAGAUUCCCCUAUAACAAAAAUGCACAAUUACAGUCAUGCCAAGCACUUUAAAGAACUAUUGCAUUUUUCCAAAGAAAAAGAAUAAUUCUUUCAAUGUAUUAACGUAAAUGAAACAUAAAAUGAAAUGCCCCUAAUGUAAAAAUCACUCAAUGUAUUACUCUUCUGUCAGCGCAGCUUUCAGACCAAUUACAUAUGCACAUCAAAAUGUCCGUACAAGUUAUGUUAGACAUAAACUUCUGGUUUAGCACAGCUAAGUUUAUCUUAUGCUGUGUUUUACAGUUUCAACUUGAGGUUGAUUCACUCUUAGAGAAAGAAAAUAAUGAACCCGAUAACUCCAAAUACAUACGCAUAGCUGUUGCCUAUAUAUAAAUGAACUUUUCUUGUGCGUUAUAUCUAUGUAUAUAUGUGUGUUUUUAUUUGUGUUGAAAGAAAACUGUAAUAUUAAAGGCAUGCUGCGAUUUUCUUUUCCCGAAGAGUUCCUGUAAGUAAAAGGGAAUGGUGCUCACGCAUGGGUUUGAUUAAUGGGGAACUGAUUCAGAUUAAAUGUUAUAUUGAAUAUUUGUUUUUGUGUACAUUUCUUACCAAAUAAAUGUGUACAUGAUGGAUGGUUUGAAACUCAAUGAAGAUUUACUGAAACCAUCAUUUUGAACAUGAAACAUUACUUGUCUGCACUUUGCCUUAUCUGCCUUUCACAAGUUCCCAAAAUGUUACUUUUUCAUUAUUAUAUAUUCUAAUAUAACAGCUUUUUAUAUUAAAGUGUUUAUUAAGAAUCUC